GCUGAUGUAGUUGGUCCAAGAUGUGGAAUAUUAUGACAAUAAAGGGCAUCAUCCUAGUGGUGAUGUUCGUGAUGACCUUCGUGUGUUCCAUGAUUCCUGUUAUUUUUGUCAAGCGUAUCCAACACACACACGACUCUGGACAGCGGUCGAAGUACCAGACCUGGCUCAGUCUCAUGUCGUGUUCAGCUGGCGGAGUGUUCAUGGGCACCUGCAUCAUGGACCUGUUCCCCGAUGUACAGCAGCAAAUUGAAGUUUUACUGGACCAAAGCUCAGUGACAAGUUCAUUCCCAGUAGCAGAGUUCAUUGUCCUCUUUGGAUUCCUGCUGGUGUUAACGAUGGAGCAGAUUGUUUUAGAUUACAAGGAAACAAGUUUACUCAGAAGGCCAGCUGAAGCCGAGGCCUUGCUUGGGGAACCCAACGAACGGAGACGAAACUUGCAGCAGCAGCACAGCCUAAGUGGCAUCACAGACCAGCCUGACCUUACAGCAUCAAUUGAAACGGGUUCCCUGACCGGAUCAGUGCGUGGGUAUGGGACAGCAGCAGAUAGUUGCGACCCCCAAGAUGGCCAUGGUCAUAGUCACCUAUUUGACCACUCCAUUCACCAAGACAUUGCCUCACACUCUUCUCUGCGUUCUCUGCUUCUUUUGUUUGCUUUGUCCCUCCACUCCAUAUUUGAGGGCAUGGCAGUUGGUCUUCAGGACACAAUAGACGAUGUUGUGGCCCUGUUCUUGGUAGUAAUCUUCCACAAAGGAAUCAUUGCCUUUUCUCUUGGCCUUAACAUGGUACAAUCCAAGCUAUCUGUGGCUCAGAUGCUUUUAGGAAUCAUGUUCUUCUGCGUGACUGCACCCUUUGGACUUGGUGUCGGGAUGGGUAUUAUGGAGCUCCAGACGUUCACGACUACUAUUCUGUCAGGAACUCUGCAGGGCAUUGCGUGUGGGACUUUCUUGUAUGUGACGUUCUUUGAGGUUCUUCCUCAUGAAAUGAACAACGGCGAAAACAGAUUGCUUAAGCUUUUGUUCAUCAUCCUCGGUUUCUCAGCAGUCUGUGGUGUCCUGUAUUUGGAUCCUGACACCCAGCGUCCUCGAUGCUAUCAGGAGCCAGACCCCAUACCACAGUCAUGAAGUUAGACUUUUCUUGUACUAUUUCAGUCCCGUAUCAUUGCUCAUUUAGCUAGUGAUGAUAUUUUUCAUUAUUUUAUGAAGUUGUAAGGAGAAAUACUCCUUUGUAUUUUAGUAUUGUGACUGGACUAUAUAAGCUUUUUUCCCAGUAAAAGACUGUUGGUUUAAGGAAGUUCAGAUCUGAUAAGGUGGAGAGUGCAUAACUCCAUUCCAGCUGGAACACUGGUGCAGCAAAUAAAGUAAUACUCUGCAUAUUCACCCUUGUCAGUACAGUAUUAUCAACUAUCUAUUAAAGUAUGAUGAAAUUGCACAGCUUUUAAAAGUGGCUUGUGAGAAUGUGAUUUAUUUUUUUCUUCUAAUCUUCUGUUUUAGUUCUUUCCAGCAGUAGUGUGUUACUGCAGGCAGUUUUUGUAAGAAGCAGAAGUAAUACAAAGUCUCUUGCAUGUGUUUGGUCUUUAGAUUUUUUUAUCUAUUAGUUUUAUUAUUAACCCAUUCGUCCCGGGUGUCACAUAUAUGAGACACCGGAAAAAAUAAACAUUGCCAGUGUGAUGCUGUCUCGGGGCUGUGCUCCGAGGCAGAAGCGGCGCGCGGCCGGGCGGGCGGACAGACUCCGGGGAAGCUCCGCCCGCCGAUUUUGUAGCCGCCCGGAUUUUUUUUAUUUUGGCUACAAAAUGUACCCGGCGUGACUGGGUUAAUAUUGAAUAUUCCAUUGUGUUUAGUAUUUUAUGACAGUUUUUAAAGGUCAGAAAAUCUUAACCCACUAGCGCCAGUCUAUUUGGAAGGCGAUACCAAAAUCGGGAACCUGCCCACACACCACCUGCCACAAACAACAAAAUCAGAGCACAAGCUCCAAUCUAGUGUCACACAGGUGGAACAGCUUGCCAUGUUUAUUUUUCCAGGUGUCACCUAUGUGUGACACCCAGCGCAAGUGGGUUAAGCAGUGUAGAUAAGAAACAGCUUAGUACCAUUAUAUUUUGGUUUUAAAGUAGAUGAUCGUAAAAGUUUGUAGUUCCUUGCUAUAUUGUGUUUAUACUGUGAUAAUAAAUUAUAGUGCUCCAUGUAUAAGUGAAUCUGCUCUCAUGUUUUCACUUUAUUAUUGAUUAUUCUUUAUAUUCAAAUCCUGUACAAUCAUAUAUUGUAUCUAAUAUGAAUUAAUUAUUUUGUACUUGACUUCAUAACAUUACUGCUGAAACAGAGGAGGCACCCUUUCUCACAGUGGUCAUUGCCAAAAGGUUGUGUAUAUAAUUUUAAAAGAUGUACCCUAUUAGAGUAGAUUUCUUCAAGCUGAAGAAACUGAUAUGAAUAUAGAGUGGAUGUAAUAAUACUAUGCUUGAUGCAUAGGAAUGUCACAAAGUGUUCUAUGAAAUCAUAAAUAUUUUUCUUUUAUAUUCCAUAAAAGUAUCAAUAACAAAUGUACUGCCAGUUAUUCUUUUUCUUUUUAAAUAUAUUUUUAGAAAUGGUAAAGUUACAAA